GAUACCAGCGGUCCGUCAUCGUCUUGGCUACCAUAUCCCCCCAUUCUCAUUCUGCACGGCACAGCACAGCACAGCACAGCGGAGAAGAGGAAGGAGAGCAGAGAUGACUGCGUCCGUCUCCUACGGGCUGCGAGCUCUUCCGACGUGGUCCAGCUCUGUGUCCGGUGACGACCACUGCUCGGCGCUGGCCAUGUCGGUGUCGGCGCGGGGGCCCCGGUCGACGCGGCCCCUUCGGACGCCGGCGAGGAUGGGCAAUGUAAACGAGGGCAAGGGCAUCUUCGCGCCCCUGGUGGUGGUGGUGCGCAACAUCGUCGGACGCAAGCGCUUCAACCAGCUCAGGGGCAAGGCCAUCGCGCUGCACUCCCAGGUGAUCACCGAGUUCUGUAAGACCAUCGGCGCUGACCCCAAGCAGAGGCAGGGCUUGAUCCGCCUCGCCAAGAAGAAUGGAGAGAAGCUCGGAUUCCUUGCUUGACCUACCUCACAAUCCCCCCUUCCUUCUCCUACCUUUUCUACUAGCAAAAAGGAAAUUCCUUGGAGUUGGAGAUUGCAUGCAUGCAUGUAUGUAUACUAGUCUUAUAUAAUUUUUCUUCCUCUCUUCUCUUCUCUUCUCUUCUCUUGUGGAGACAGCACUGAGUUCAGUUAAAGUUCAGUUCAGUUCCAUGUGGAUGGAUGGAUGGACAGAUGAUGUAUCUAUCCUCUACUGAUGACCUCAGCGGUAGAGUAUAUAUAUGCACAAUGCUACUUGAUAAA